ACACCGAAGAAUGCCGAAGGGGCUGAGCUAGGUGCUUCGCGGCUUUCCCGUUUCGUUCAUUUCACACAGUCAGACCGUAGAUUCAGGGCUAGUUAGCCUGUUAGCUUGUGGAUGUUACUCCUGAUUCGUGCUACCAACCGACUUUUGAGAGGCCAACUGCUGCAGUUUAGAGUGAAACUGUUGAAGAGAGGAAGGACUGGGUCCUGAGGGCACGAAGAGCUGAACAUCCUCUUCAAAGAAUACCUGCGGCUGAAGAGGACACAGUCAGUACGACGUACAUGUCUGAGGGAUGUAGCGAGAGUCUGCAUUGCCAAUAUUCAAAUUGGUUGUCUACAUCUGCUCAUUGUGUGGAGUCUCUGACCUUCACUACGUCUCUUGGCUGAAACUGGAUGAUGCUGAAUAGGGACAGGCAGGGUGGGGAAAACAUCCAAACCAGGAAUUUAGGUUCACGUCUCAGCUAUAAAAGUCUCCUCCAGCGCCAGUGCUACGACUCUGUGGGAACCAGCAGCUCAAAGGACCAAAAUGAGACAGAGAAGAGAAGGAAGGGGCCACGCUGCCACGUCAUCUCCAGAAGACUUUGUUUCCAGGGCUCAGUGAAACUCUCAUGACAGCGUUCAGAUACAAAGGCACUUGCAAUCACGACAACAGCAACCUUGUCAUUCAACUUCCUGUGAGAUGAACAGCUGGGUGGACGAGGAUGUUUGCUGCAAGAUCUCUCUGGCAGGCGGAGACCUCUACAUGAGGGGGGGGGAACUGCUGCUUGUUCACCAGUUGGUGUUUUGUGUUUGCUGCUCCAGCAGGACUUGACCCAACAUCCAUCAGGGCCAGAUCCCCUCGGCCUGGGCUGCAGCUGGGGAGCACAUGCACAACGAGGAUGCGAUGGACGCACCGCUGUUGUGAUUGUCCCGCUCCUGAACCGAACCCACGAGAAGGAUGAAUCCUGGCCACAGGCUCCAGCUGAAGGACUGUCUGUCCAGGAGCCAGGAGUCUGGAUGACACAGCGGUAGAGGCAGGAAUCCCACAGGACCCCCGGGACACCCCAUUAGAUGUCGGCCUGCAGUACACACUGUCAGAUACUCCACGUACGCUCCUACACUUCCUACUCAUACAGGCACACAAGCACACUCAGAGAUGAACACACCGACUGCUGUCUUCCUGCAGCCUCUCUGUUUUCCACUGCGAGUGUGCGGGAAGUUGGGCUGAAAUGAAAAUGAGCGGGUUCGGUGGAGAGACGCAGGCGGUUCCAGCUGUAUGACUUCAGUAAAACAAUCCUCCGUCACACACGCUGAAGAUCUGACGUGCUGACAGCCGUGAUGAGGCCCGGGAACAGAUAUUACACAUCUAUUACACAUGGAAUAAAUGAGCGUUGUCAGGCUGACUAAUGACCGGGUCUGUGCUGCGGUGGAAUCAGGAGAAAGUCUCCAUCUUCCGAUGUCAGUCAUCUUCUGAUGGACCCCGGCGCUGAUGGAUUGUAGGAUCUGGCUCUGAUUUCACGCUACACUGGCAUCCACUCAUCCCCCGAUCCCUAUGUUAUUUUGGAAACGGGCAAUGAGACAAGGUGCUGAAACUGACUGCCUCCCUGAGGGACCCCACUACCCCCACUAAAAAAAACAAGGGACGAGGAGGAGGAGGAGGCAGAGAGAGGGAAGAGAGGAGAUGAAGCGCAGGAGGACCAGCCUCUACUGGGUGGCCAGGAAACAGGAGCUGAAGGCUUACACACACACACACACACACACACACACACACACACACACACACACAAAGAGCAAGCAUAUAAACCCAUCUCCCACCAGCCGCUUUUUGCUCCAGCGACCAAAUCUCCCAUCACCCAGGCGUGAGAGAACAUAACGGCUCAGGUCUCUAAAUCUGACGCACCAAAGAAAGAGCUCAGCGCCUCGGGAAAUAAUAAUGAAUAUGGAAUGAUAGUCUGUAUUUUGUGCUGCAAAUGCAACCAGAUGCAAAAAGGUGGAGGGGGAGAAAAAAAAAAAUCAGCAGCAGAUGUUUUGAAAAACAAGAGGUCUCAAGGACUGUGAGCAGCCAGUGUGCCCUGCAAACAUACUGUAACCUUACCCAGCAUGUAGAGUAAUCACUUAUAGUAUCUAUAUCGCCACUUUGCAAUGAGGGAAGGUAUGGAGGAGAGCAGUUCUGCAGCUGCUCCCUGGGAAAGUUGGGUUGUUGAGGAAGCGGCGGGGCUAGACACAACACCACCCAAUUAACAUAGAGACCCCCUGACAAUGAGGAAACCGCACAUGUCUGAUGCAUUUCUAUAGCCUACAGUGCAUGUGGCGGUGUGUGUUACUGCAUAUCUUCCUCUUCCAUACAGUGCAGGCAGCUGGUGUACAGUUCAGCAAAGAGAGUCGAAGACCCUGAGUUGUUUUCAGUUUGAAAAGCCAGUGGUUUCUGAAAAGAUGAAUUUAAGCAGCUGUCUGCAAGAUCCUUGUUUUUUUUCCGUUCCUGUCUCCAUUUUAUUGGUGCUAAGAGAUAAUGACUGUGGUGUUUCUGCACUGCACUUUAUAGAGAAGAGUGGAGUUUCAUAGAAAAAGGCCACCAGACGAGUACAAAAACAAAGUCAAUUGGAUUUCAAGACUUAUUAUUUCUGUUUUAUCAAUCAGUGAUCCAGAGUAUAGCUUAUAUGUGUCCAGUGUAAUUCAUAAAACGCUAAAAUCUGUAACUUUCUGCAUGUUUCUAACCUCUUCAUGUCCUUUUUUCUUAGGACAAGGACAGAGGACAAGGCAGAGACGAGCCGCCGUAGUCUGACGUCACGAUGAAAAAUGGCGCUCCCCGUGCGGACUAACUUGAGACAUGUCUUCAGAUUCAUUCAGAAGUUUAACUCUCCUAGAAGGUGUCUCUGCGCUGGAGCCGGUCCCGAAAACAAGGACCCUCCGGGAGGUGGGCGUGUAUUUUCUGGGAUCCAGCCGACUGGGGUGCCCCACCUGGGCAACUACCUGGGUGCCCUGGAGAACUGGGUGGCCCUGCAGAACCGGUAUCCAUCAGUGCUCUACAGCAUCGUGGACCUGCACUCCAUCACGCAGCCACAGGACCCGACCCAGCUGAGGACCAACAUCCUGGACAUGGCAGCCAGCCUGCUGGCCUGCGGCGUCGACCCAGAGAGGGCGAUACUCUUCCAGCAGUCUAAGGUGUCUGAGCACGCUGAGCUCUCCUGGAUCCUCGGCUGUCUGACCAGCAUGCCCCGCCUCCGACACCUGCCGCAGUGGAAGAUGAAGAGCAAACUGAAGAACGAAGGCAGUGUCGGUCUCUACACGUAUCCUGUCCUCCAGGCUGCUGAUAUCCUCCUUUACAAGGCCACUCACGUCCCCGUUGGAGAGGAUCAGGUCCAGCACCUCGAGCUGGCUCAGGACCUGGCUCGCAUCUUCAACAACAACUACGGAGACCUGUUCCCUGAACCCAGCGCCCUGCUGAGUUCUACACGAAAGGUCAAAUCCCUCCGUGACCCCUCUGCUAAAAUGUCCAAGUCCGACCCCCAAACAAUGGCGACGAUCACCGUCACAGAUCCUCCCGACGACAUCGCCCUCAAAAUCCGCCGCGCUGUCACCGACUUCACCUCUGAGGUCACCUUCGACCCGGAGACGCGUCCAGGUGUGUCCAACCUGGUGACAAUCCACGCCGCCAUGGCGACGAUCAGCGUGGAGGAGGCGGUGUCGCAGGCCGGAGGGUUGGACACGGGAGCCUAUAAGAAGCUCGUAACCGAGGCUGUGAUCCAGAGGUUGACGCCCAUCAGAGAGGAGAUCGAGAGGCUGCGGUCGGAGCGCGCUCACCUGGAGGCGGUGCUGGCCCGGGGGAACGGCAGGGCUCGGGAACUGGCUGCCCCGGUCCUCGGAGAGGUCCGGCAGCGAGUGGGGUUCUGCUGAGAGGCAGCUGGGCUGGAAAAUAAAGCCACAUUUAUACUGCAGGUCUCGCUCGGUACUUAACUGCUGCUGCUGAUAUAAAAUUUUAUUCCGAUGACUGUUUACAUUUCCAGGAUAGUCGAGGAUGUAAUGCAUUUAUAACAAAACGUGUUGAAAGCGGCGUGGAAAAGACUCAACUGCAGACCAACGUCACGUUUAGACUAAAAACUCUCACUGAAAUGAAGGAGGAGGCUGCAGCAGAACCAGAAGAAAACAAGAAGAAAACAUGUCCCUGUUGUUUUUAUGUCUUCCACUCACUCAUUUUAAAGACAUUGCAACUUAUUUAUCUUCCUGUGUUUCCCCCCCAAAAAACACACAAACUAUCUUUUUGUUAUUUCCAACAUUUUGUCAUUUUAAAAUGAAAUAUUCUAAUUCAAACAUGUAACACGUCCUUAUUAAAUAUAACUUAUUUGAUUUGACUGUUGGAACACAAAUUGAAUUUAAAUCACAGGUGUUAAGAUCCGAUGUCCGUGGUUCUGUUCACACUGGCAGCUUAAUCAGAUUUCGUUGUAUCUAGAUUGGAAUCAGAUUAGAUUUAUGAAAUCUGGACUGACAAAGACAAAACACAGUUCUUCAAAAGUGCUUCACAAAGCUGAAAAGCAAAAGGUCUGACACAGUUAAAAGCUGCUGCAGAGAGUAAAAACGCAUCACAAGUAUCAGCCCGCAGGAGUUUAUUGAAUGUAAUAACUCAGUCAUGGCUUUGAAAAUCUGAUCUUCAGUGCAUUAAAAAAGGUAAGUUAUA